CACUAUGGGUCAUAGGGUAGGGUCAGUCCGGACGCUGACUGAUGUUCAUUUGUGAAUGCCUCGACUGGCCUACCCUUGGCUCGUCGUCACAAGUCGGGGGUGCGUCUUCCUCUGCUGCUCGGCCACAUCCACCGGGACACUGACGCCGCGUCGUUGUCGAUCUUCGCAGUCGAGGCGAUGCACUUCCACAUCUACAAGUGCGUGAGACACGUGUUCGAGGAGUGUCUCCGGGUGAUCGAGUUCCGCGCCGCGGGCGCGGGCGACCUCAUGGACGCGUCUCAUUACAGCUCACGCAAGUUCUUAGAGAACUCGUGUCCGGAGGUGGACGAGCUCGUCCGCAUCACGAAGGAGGCCGGGGCGUAUGUAUCCAGGAUCACGGGUGCCGGUUGGGGUGGAUGCACGGUGUCGCUUGUGGCUGGAGACAAGGUGGACUCGCUCUUUGAGAAGCUCGUAGCGACGUACCCUGCGUACAAGGGUCUCGAGGGCGAGGCUCUGAAGCAGGUCAUCUUUGCAACGAAACCGAGUAGUGGAGCAUGUGUGUUGAAGCUCGAGUAAGAUUUGCUACAAUGAAGGAAGAUUGUACGAGAUGUACGUAUGUACCAAUAAGAUCGGUAUCUGUGUCAUCUCUCGCACAAGGCUCGUAUGCAAAUCGACCAUUGUUAGCGUCAACGGUGGUUGAAGGCGUUGUUCAUACAUCCUGCAGCGUAUGGACGGAAGUCGGAGGAGAGAUUGGACUCAAAGCAUGAGUCGCUGUAUCGCAAUUGUGACAGGCGCCUGCCUGCCUCGUGCGAGGCAAUGCAAGCGGUGAUUCGUCCCGUCGCCAACAUGAACACGGAUGCUGCCUGAAUGCAUGGGUUUCAUUGAGCUGCAGCGUCCAUAGCGCUGCCUCUUAAUAUGCGCCCAUCCACGCAUAGCAACUUCCCUGAUCGUCGGAUUUUCCGGCGUA